AUGAGUUUGAUCACCAGAAGGCGUCCAUGCCAUGUCUGCAUCAUUGAACGUGUAUUCCGUCUUUCAAUUUCGUUAGAUAUACUUCGCAAAGCUUCCUCGUCGGGCUGUCUCCGAUGUCAGCUUCUCUGCAAGUCAGUUGAGGCCUUCGGAUACCGAUGGGACCGGCAAGUUCAAGGAAACGCGGAUGCCGUUUUUAUGGAGAUUGCAAAGAAAUUUGGUGUUGAAAGCUUAGUGAAUACAAGCGUGAAGUGGCGUAACAGCCGUGGGACAUGGGAAAAACUCCCGGUUGAGAUAACCGUAGAUCGAGAUCAGAUGCCAAUAUGGCCUUUAUUCGCCAAAGCAAGAACGGUGCCGUCAAAUGCGACUGAUCCUCAGAGCAUCGCCUACAUUCGAGAACAGAUUUCGAACUGCGACUUGCACCAUGGAGACUGCAGAGAGUCCGAAACGUUGGAGAAACCACUUCUCAAGCCAAAGCGGUUGUUGAAGAUUGUCGAUGGCGAAAAAGAAGACGUAAGGCUGCUUCUACAGGAUACUCUCAUGGACAGUGAGAGGUACAUAGCUCUCAGCCAUUGUUGGGGCACGCCUACUGCUGGACAACACCGGGCAGGGGAAGUGCCUCAGACCAAACAAGCCGAUGUGCCGUUGUACAUGUCUGCUGGGAUACCAGUGGUAAAAUUGACAAAAACGUUCUGUGAUGCUGUACAUCUCAGCCGUACACUUGGCGUCCGGUACUUGUGGAUUGACUCGUUUUGCAUCAUCCAGGACGACGAUGAUGAGAAGAGACUGGAAUUACCGAAGAUGGGCGACAUCUACGGAGGAGCAUAUCUUGUUGUCGCCGCUGCAUCUGCCAAAAAUGGAGACGGCGGGCUGUAUAGACGAGAACCGCAGCACAUGUUUGAUUUGGUAUCUUCUGGGGGAGAAACGCUCAAAGCUACAGUGUUCGAGAAAAGACACCAUGAUAUAUGGAAGAAAGGCGAACAGCUAUGGGAGGCGGGUGACUUGCCAUUGCUCGGGCGCGCUUGGGCGUUGCAAGAACGCUUACUUGCAAAACGCAUGGUCCACUUCACAUGUAAAGAGCUCAUAUGGGAGUGCCGGUCAUCUGUGGACUGCGAGUGUGGCGACCUCCAAAACCCCGAGACAAGCGGUCAGUUCGGCAUUGGAAAGAGCCUGAAGACGGAGUAUGCACGCAUCAUUCGACACGGUAAUUCCAAUGAGAGGCUUAGUUUCUGGCAGACAGUCUCUACUCAGUUCAGUCUACGCUGUAUAACACGUCCGAGCGACCGACCUCCGGCUCUAUCCUCAAUUGCAAAGCAGAUUGAUAUGCCAGGGAUCUUUGGAAGGUAUCUAGCCGGCAUCUGGGAAUAUACACUGCCUGGUGGUCUACUCUGGUGGUCGACUCAAUGCGGCGUCUCUCCUGGUAAACCCAGGAGCCACGUACGGGACCGGACGUCAGGGGUACCGACGUGGUCUUGGCUGUCAAUCGAAGGUCCAGUAGACAUGUGGGGCAAGCACGUCAAGUCCCUCGUAUGCACUCAUAUCCCUGCUUCUGACGAAAGUGGAGAUACCUACGGCAUAUCUAUAAGAGACGGGAUCGGUGUUUGGGGGAAGACGGCCGUCGUGCGAAUUAUCAACAUACUGGAAAAUGGUGCCAGUAAAGCAGCCGUUCAAUUUCCGAACGGGAGCGCGACAACCUACUUCGAUACCGAUACGUACCCUUUCGAGUUUGAUGACGAUGAUGGGGAAACCCCAAAACUCCUGGCGCUGCGUUUCAGCAUCACUGGUGACGGUCGAGGGUUCGUCCAUGCACUUGUGCUCAGACAAGCCUCAGAAGAGAAUAAUACCUUUGAACGGCUCGGGCUGGCUCGCUGCCCGGACAGGUUCUUCGACGGAGGGUUAAAUGAGUAUAUUACACUGAUUUGA